GCAACGCGUGCCGCGUGCGCCUCACAGUGGUCGGCGGGGUAAAUCCCUGGCUCCAUGGCGGAAAGCAGAAGUGACAAAUGGUGUUGGGAAAACAGCCAGAAGAUCUUUGAACUGCGAGCAGUCACCAGCAGCCGGGCACCUGCUCAGCGUAAGCAGGGAUUUCCAAGAAAUACGUGCACGAAGAGACAGUUCUGUCCAGAAAACCGCUGCGUUGCCAUUUGUUCAAGGACAGAUGACUUGCUCUGCCGGAUUCUGACGAAAUCAGUCCCAGGGGCAAAUAUUAACCUGCACCAAAACUAAAGUUUUCCAACCAGACUCGCCGAGUAAUACUUGACUAUUAUGUGCAGAAGAAUUACCCUGGGAGUUUGUUUCUUAAAGCCGAGAUCCAUGACCCUCAGGGAGUCUAUUUGCUGUCCUUUGUAAUGCUGUGCUAGAUAUUGAACGUACAAGAGCGUAUGUGUAUGUUGUUAUACACAUACCUGCUGUUACCACCCUGUGCCUAAACUGAACUCGUCACAACGAGCAGAAAUCGGACCCCAUCUCAUUCUAGAAGGAACCAGGUCCAAAGCCAGAACUAGUACCAAGCGGCCGCCCUUCCUCGCUCCACCUUGCUCCCGGCUCGCCCGGAACGCCCGCGGGCUCGGCGGCAACGGCUCGGGAACCGCCGGCUUCCGUCGGGUCCUCAGCGCCGCCGGCCAGGCCCGAGCAGUGUGCGCCCGCAGCGCCCGCACUCCCGCCCUCGUCGAGGAACCGGGUGAGCCGCUGCGGCUGCCGGGGACGUCGGAGUCCGGGCUGCAGAGUGGGAGCGGCGAGGCCGAGGAGGGAUGCAAGCAGAGAAAAGCAACCAGAGUUCCACCUCUAGAAACAAGCCUGCUUCAUUCCUGUACAAGAUUAAGCGUGAUGUAUACAAUGAAGUGAACUUUCAACAGGAACACAGAAGGAAGUUCCCCUCCUCAGGGAACAUGAACACCAUGACCACCUUCAGACACCAAGUCCUGUGCCGCUGUUCGUGGCCCAAGUUCCUGAGAUGCAUGCUUACAGUCUUUCCCUUCCUGGAAUGGAUGUGUUUGUAUCGAUUCAAGGAUUGGCUUUUUGGAGAUUUACUUGCUGGCAUAAGUGUUGGCAUUGUGCAAGUUCCCCAAGGUCUGAUCCUUAGCUUGCUGACGAGGCAACUGAUUCCUCCUCUGAAUGUAGCGUAUUCGGCUUUCUGCUCUUCUGUGGUGUAUGUCAUUUUUGGAUCAUGUCAUCAAAUGUCCAUUGGCCCCUUCUUCCUUGUGAGUGCCCUGUUGAUCAAUGUCUUGAAGGAGAAACCAUUCAACGAUGGCCACUUGAUCCUGGGCACUUUCAUCAAGAGUGACUUUAACGCCCCUUACUACAUGGAGAACUACAACAAGUCCUUGAGUGUUGUAGCAGCCACAACUUUUCUAACAGGGAUGAUUCAGCUCUCCAUGGGCGUGCUGGGCAUCGGCUUCAUGGCCAUGUACCUCCCCGAGGCCGUGGUCAACGCCUACCUGGCCGCGGCGGCGCUGCACGUCGUGCUGUCCCAGCUGCCUUUCGUCUUCGGGGUGAUGAUCACUUUCCACGCCGGUCCGGUUGCCUUCUUCUACAACAUCCUGAACUACUGCGUGGCUCUCCCCAAAGCGAAUUCCACCAGCAUCCUGCUCUUUCUGACUGCAGUUGUUGCUCUGAGAAUCAACAAGUGCAUCCGGAUUUCUUUCAAUCAUUAUCCCAUCGAAUUUCCCAUGGAAUUAUUUCUGAUUCUUGGCUUCACUGCAUUUGCAAACAAGAUAAACAUGGCCACAGAAAGCAGCAUGACAUUCAUUGAGAUGACCCCUUUCAGCUUCGUGUUUCCUUCAUUGCCAGAUUUCAGCCUUGUCCACAAUGUUGUUUUACAGUCCAUGUCUCUGUCUUUAGUGAGUUCCUUUCUGCUUAUAUUUCUGGGCAAGAGGAUUGCCAGUUUCCAUAACUACAGAGUCAAUUCCAAUCAGGAUUUAAUAGCCAUCGGCCUCACCAAUGUCAUCAGCUCCUGUUUCAGCUCCUACGUGUUCACUGGUGCAAUUGCCGGGACUAUCAUCCAAGACAAAUCCGGAGGAAGACAACAGUUUGCAUCUCUGGUAGGCGCAGGUGUGAUGCUGCUUCUGAUGGUGAAGGUGGGACACUUUUUCUACCGGCUGCCUAAUGCUGUGCUGGCUGCGAUUGUGCUCAGCAACGUCAUUCCCUACCUUGAAACCAUUUACAACCUCCCCAGCCUGUGGAAGCGGGACCAGUAUGACUGUGUCACCUGGAUGGUGACGUUCAUAUCCACAAUCUUCCUGGGACUGGAUGCGGGGCUACUUGUCUCGCUUCUUUUCACCUUCUUCAUCAUCACCGUGCGAUCACACAGGACAGAGAUUACCUGCCUGGGCCAAAUCCCCAACACCAACAUCUACAAAAGCAUCACUGACUACCGGGAGUUUACAACCAUCCCUGGGGUGAGAAUCUUCCAGUGCUGCAACGCCAUCACGUUCAUCAACGUGUACCACCUAAAGUACACACUGCUGAGAGAGCUCGGCAUGGUCAGUGUGCCUCUCAAGGAGGAGGAGGUGUUCAGCCUGUUCAAUGAAAGUGACACCAGCCUGGAGGGAGAGAAGAUCUGCAAGUGUUCCUGCAACUGUGAGGACCUGGAGCCACCGCCCCGGGUUGCCUACACAGAACGUUACCAAUAUGGAGAGGACCUUGACUCCCCUUCGGUCAACCUGAUCCGCUGCUCACAUCUGGAGGCCCGGAGCCCCAGCCAGAGCCUGCUGGAUGAGCCUGACGAGGAGGUGCCCAAUGCUGCACCUUCCACAUCUCAGAGACGUCAGGAGGAGGCCUUUGAGAGCAUGGGCAAGACCUGGCUUUCCAACGACUCCCUGCAAAAGAAUGUGUCUUUGGGGCAGGACGUUGGCGCCACCUCUAUGAAUGUGAAGUUGAACGCCCCGUCCUCCGAUAUGACUCUGCCAGCCAGGACCCACACCAUCAUCCUGGACUUCUCCUUGGUGCACUAUGUGGACUAUCAGGGCUUGGUCGUACUGAGGCAGAUGUGCAAUGCUUUUCAAAAUGCCAACAUUUUGGUACUCAUCACCGGGUGUCACUCCUCUGUGAUCAAGGAAUUUGAGAAGAAUGAUUUCUUUGACCAUGGCAUCACCAAGGCCCGCCUGUUCCUCACCCUCCACGAUGCCGUGCUGUUUGCCACAUCAAGGACUUUGGCAGACAACACCGACCUAAGCGUGGAUGAGUGUGAGACAGUGAUCCAGGAGACCUACUCAGAGUCAGACAAGGCAUUCAAAAGAGAGAAGACUGGGAGAGAAAAUGACAAAUCCAGACAUGAAAAGAGUCAUAGUUUCCUAGAAAGUUCCAGAAAUACAAGUCCCCUGUUCACCAAGUACCACAGGCCAGAAGAAGAGUCCCUAGGGUUUGAUUUGGACAUGGAUGACAUGGGAGAUUCAGAAGAGCCAAGUGGGAUGGGUCUCAACAUCGACUUAGACCAAGUCCUGGAGAACGAGUCAGAGCUGGAGCCUGACACGGAGCUUGAGAUGGACACUGACCUGGAGCUGGAAAGUCAGCCAGAGCCCAAAGCCACGCCGAGGGCGUCCACACACCCUCAGCAGCAGCACUACAGGCCCCUGUAUUACUCUCAAGCACCCAGCACCCAGCCCCAGCUUUCACCCCGGAUGCGAUCAGUGGAGAGGAGAUAAAAGUACCAGGACUUAAACUCAGUGGAGGCCGUCAAUAAUGAGACCUAAGGGGUCAGAGAACCUGGAAAAUGCCCCGACCCUAAAAGGGUUGCUUAUUCCUAAGACCCACACUAGGCACAAACUAGCAGUGCUUGCUUUGUGACUGGCCCUCCUGCUGCUGUUUUCCUUGUGUGGCGCUGGGAUCACACUCCUAGGCCGCACUGCCGAACGCCAGCCAUUACCUGUGCCUUCCUAGCCAGGCCCCCACAUCCCACCUUCAAGCCGAUAUUCCAAUGAAGGUCUUCCUUCAUAACAUGCCUCAUACCUCUGGGGUUUGUGCCAUCACUCCUCUCCUUUCUGUUCCCCUUGCUCUAGGGAGGAGAGACUCAAAUAAAA